CGCCUCCUGCGGGUGGAGUCGGUUACAAAGGGAGCAGCCGGCCCGGCUACCGCACGGCUGCCCGCCGAGGCCUCGCGCCCUCGCCAUUUUCCAGCCGCACUCCGGCGCGGCUCGCGGCGGCGGGGAAAGGCGGAGCCGCGCGGGCCGGCCCCGCGGGGCGGUCGCGGCCGUGACGGCGGCUCCCGGCCCGGCUCCCUUUCCUCACCCCUCCCUCCGGAGAUGAGGGGAAGAUGUCCGUGUCAGGGCUCAAGGCCGAGCUGAAGUUCCUGGCGUCCAUCUUCGACAAGAGCCACGAGCGAUUUCGCAUCGUCAGCUGGAAGCUGGACGAGCUGCACUGCCAGUUUCUGGUGCCGCCGCCCCCGGCGCCGCCUGGUAGCCCGCACUCGCCGCCGCCGCCGCUCACACUCCACUGCAACAUCACGGAAUCGUACCCAUCUUCUUCACCAAUAUGGUUUGUGGACUCUGAUGACCCAAAUCUGACAUCAGUUCUGGAACGCCUAGAAGAUACUAAGAACAACAAUUUGCUUCGUCAGCAAUUGAAGUGGUUGAUAUGUGAACUCUGCAGAUUAUAUAACCUUCCUAAGCACCUGGAUGUUGAGAUGCUAGAUCAACCACUACCCACGGGUCAGAAUGGGACAACUGAAGAGGUAACUUCAGAAGAAGAAGAAGAGGAAGAGAUGGCUGAAGAUAUAGAAGACUUGGAUCACUACGAGAUGAAGGAAGAAGAGCCCAUUAGUGGGAAAAAGUCCGAGGAUGAAGGAAUUGAAAAAGAAAAUUUGGCCAUAUUGGAGAAAAUUAGGAAGACUCAAAGACAAGACCAUUUAAAUGGUGCAGUUUCUGGGUCCGUGCAAGCUUCAGAUAGACUUAUGAAGGAGCUCAGGGACAUCUACAGAUCACAGAGUUACAAGACAGGGAUUUAUUCAGUGGAACUAAUAAAUGACAGCUUAUAUGACUGGCAUGUUAAAUUACAUAAGGUUGACCCUGAUAGUCCUUUGCACAGUGAUCUUCAGAUCUUAAAAGAAAAAGAAGGCAUAGAGUAUAUUUUGCUUAACUUCUCUUUUAAGGAUAAUUUUCCAUUUGAUCCUCCAUUUGUUCGAGUGGUGUUACCUGUUCUCUCAGGAGGGUAUGUGUUGGGUGGAGGAGCAUUAUGUAUGGAACUUCUCACAAAACAGGGCUGGAGCAGUGCCUACUCUAUAGAAUCGGUCAUCAUGCAAAUAAAUGCCACAUUAGUGAAAGGCAAAGCCAGAGUGCAGUUUGGAGCAAAUAAGAAUCAAUAUAAUCUAGCACGAGCUCAACAGUCCUAUAAUUCCAUUGUGCAGAUACACGAGAAAAAUGGCUGGUAUACUCCUCCAAAGGAAGAUGGUUAAAUAUGUUGACAUAUGUCUGGACCAAUGUUGCUUUAAAGAAAAUCGUUCCAACGUGCAGACAUAAGCUUUGAGUGCCCCUAUAACAGCAGUACCGAAGACGUUAGCUAAUAGAACCAGUAUAAGUUACAUCUUUUCAUUUUGCUCACUUUAGGAACCGGACUGAGCAGUGGGGCCUUUACUGUAUUUUUCUGAUAAAUACACAUACUGGCCACUCUUUAUCACCUCUUCUUGAAAAGUGAAGUCUUUUAAGCAGGGAAGUCAGCAUCAGUUUACUGCAGUUGUGAUUUUACAGUAACCUUCCUAAAUUUGAGCCUAUGGGGUAUGAAGUUUUGCGUAAUUUUGUUCCUUUUAGAGCCAAUAAAAUUUUAAUUGAUGGUCAAUACUGGUUUAGAAAUUUUAGGUCUUCUAAACCAUAGCUUUUCAGGUCUGAAACCAUUUAUUGCCAAAAUUAUAACAAAAAACCUAUUCAUUAAAUUAUUACACUGUUUUUUAUGGCUGUGUGAAGGUUUGAACUGUUUCCUGAAGCUAUGUUCUUAAUUGGAUUGUACUAGUCAAAGGAAGACAGUGCCAUGGAAGGCUUGUGAGCGGUAAUCCCACUAGGGCAGCAGCCUUGCUCCACCAAAUCUGCUUCUUGUUGGUUCAACAGUUCUUAAUGAAGAAGAGCCACAGUAUAGAGCUUGAAGUUAUUUAAAGUACUAAGUCAUUUUAUCUUUCCAUUUUAUUAACGGGGUGUUGCAAUUGUUUGUAAACUAAUAAACUUACAAAGUGAUUGGCAUGAAGAUAGACUUCUUCAGCAAAAGCUACACUUUAAGUACAAAAGACACCUAAUUUGGAGACCCUUAAAUUAUUUCUCACAGUCCUAACAGUGGCUUUUCCAUCAAAAGAGACUAAUAGGAACUCUGAAUAUGUGAAUUCUUUUAUAAAACUUGAUACAAAUCUGUCUACUCUCCAUUUUUUAUUGCCUUAUCUGAAUCAAUCCUCUUUGGUUGGUAGUAGUUUUUCGUUUUAUAAACCCAAGUUUGAUUUAAAAAUAAAUUCUAGUUAUUAAGCACUUUUAAAAAGAGACCCAGAAGCACAGUUUCUGCACAAACCAGGUACAAAGUUGAAAGGUGUUACCUAUACAUUCACUUUGAGAAUCUUUUUUUUUUUUGAUUGUGUAAACUACAUUCAAGAGACUUGGCACUUCUGCAUUUUGUGUUUAAUUUCUCUAGAUUCUGUUGGGUCAGAGAGCAGUAAAGAUGUUCUGGCAUUCUUGCUCACUUUGUUAACUUUACAUGAAGUUCUGAUUGCCAGUUGCUCAGAUAACAAGUGACUAGGCAGAAUUCUUUAAAGCAUUAAAGUUCCUUAAGCCUAAGGUGAGAUCUUGAAUACAUUAUUGAAUUCUUUAAUAUCCUAAUGGCUAGCAGAUUGACAGCUGCACAUUUGGCAUGCUUUGUUUAUUUGGAUUUUAUUUUUCAUUGCAGAUUUAUUUGGCAAUGUACAGUAAGUUUUGUAAACUUGCAUCAAGUUUAUGAAUAAAGAACCAUUUAAAACUUA